CCAACUCAUCUAUGGUGGCACACCAGUGCUUUUUAACCUUACAAUACGAAUUCCAUAAACAUCUGUUGCAGAAGGUAAAAGUACUGACAAUGGAAAAUAUUGUUAAACCUUUGGUUGAGGAUGCGGGAAUGUCCCAAUUUAUGGGCAUAAUUGCUGCGAUAAUCGCUAUUAUAGUGACGCUAGUUCUAUUUGCCUUAUGGCGUAGACGAGGCUUAGGCAAUACUGUGCUUCUUGUGGGACUCUGUGAUUCCGGUAAAACAUUACUGUUUGCAAGGCUGGUUGGGUCCAAGUACGUUGACACUUAUACAUCCAUUAAUGAGAACAUUGGUGGUGAUCUUAUGAUCGACAAUAGACCUUUGAAGAUUAUUGACGUUCCUGGGCAUGAGAGGCUGCGUUACAAGUUCUUCGAUAAAUUCAAAUCUUCUGCUAAAGGUUUGAUAUUUGUAAUCGAUUCCGUAACCUUGCAGAAGGAUAUCAGGGAUGUCGCAGACUUUUUGUAUUCCAUACUAUCGGAUCCACUUGUUCAAAGAAGCCUCCCUGUGCUUAUUUUGUGCAAUAAGCAAGACCAGAUCAAAGCCAAGGGUUGCCAAGUAAUAAAGGCAUUACUGGAAAAGGAAAUGAAUUUAUUGAAAUUUACUAAGGCGAAUCAGCUAGAAGCAACGGACUCGUCAUCCCCACGAUCUUCUCUUGGAAAGCAGGAGAAAGAUUUUGAUUUCUCUGAUCUUACAUCAAUUGUUGAUUUUGCAGAAUCAAGUGCAGCUACUAAGGGUCCGGAAUUAGAUGCCGGUAUCGAACAACCGAUGGCAUGGUUGCAAAAGAUAGCUUAAACAUAUGUACAAUUGUACACGAUUCUCUUGAUUUAAUGACAUUUGUUAUAGCAGUUAUUUAUUUCGACUAAAAAAAUAGUUCCUUCUACCACGCUGUAUCGAUAUAUCAAAGCAUUAUCUCUCUUCGACUUAGAAGAUGGCUUUGCAAAAAAAACUCAAUAUUUACUAUACAUUAAAACCAAUUAAAUCUA